UGAAGGAAGAAUGGAGUUUCCAGACCAUAGCCGCCAGUUGCUGCAGUGUCUGAGUCAGCAGCGUCACCAGGGCUUCCUGUGUGACUGUACUGUCUUAGUUGGAGAAGCUCGCUUCAGAGCGCACAGAGCCGUUCUUGCCUCUUGCAGUAUGUACUUCCAUCUUUUCUACAGGGACCAGUUAGACAAAAGGGAUAUUGUGCAUCUGAACAGUGACAUUGUCACAGCCCCUGCCUUCAGCCUGCUGCUGGAAUUCAUGUACGAGGGAAAGCUGGAAUUCAACAGCCUCCCGGUGGAAGACGUGCUCGCUGCGGCUAGCUACCUUCACAUGUAUGACAUUGUGAAAGUCUGCAAGGGCAAGUUGAAAGAUAAAGAACUGUGUUCGGAAGAGAAGAUUAACGAUGAGGCGGCCAGUUUGGAGAAAGCGGAGCAUUUUCUAGACGCCGGGGUGCCCCCGGUCCACGAGUUUGACCCAGGAAACAAACAAAAAUUCAGCGUUGCAGAAUACGAGAGAGCGGCAGGCAAAGAAAAGGUCAGCAGUCAUCCCGCCUGGUCCUCUGAUCGUAUAAGUGUCAGCUCUGUGCCGGCGGAGGCAGAACCGUGCGCCGCGGCAGCUGGAAAAACAAAGGCUAAUGUCAAUAGUUCCACAGGACCUUUGUCCCAAAGGUCUGUUAACCAUCCCCUGGCUUCGAGUGAUGCGGACUGCGCGCUGGAUUUGUCUUUCAAGCCCGUGCCGGGGAGAGAUUCCUUACACCCCUCCUAUGUCUUUGGACAGCUGGCUUCCGACAGCCAGCAGCAGGGUACCGAGCCACUUGUUAAAGACGAACAAGACUUGCUGUCAGAUCAGGAGGACAGCGAAGCCAGGAGUCCGGAGAGUCAGCAUUUUGGGAAUUCAGCCAAAAGCCUAGUGACAGGGUUAGGACACAUGUUCGCAGGGAAUGGCAGCUCUCACGCCCGAGAGGAGGACGUAGAUCAGGAGCGAGAUGAGAGCGAGGACGACAUGGAUUCGUCGGACAUCUCCUCCUCGGGCGUCCUGGUGCCUCCCGGGCAUAUCUGCAUUUGCCCGCUCUGCAGCAAGGUGUUCCCCAGCCCGCACAUCCUCCAGCUGCACCUGAGCUCCCACUUCCGUGACAAGGACGGCUCCCGGGCCCGCCUGUCCCCCGACGGGUCCGUCCCCACCUGCACCCUCUGCGGAAAGACCUUCUCUUGCAUGUACACGUUAAAGAGGCAUGAGAGGACUCACUCCGGGGAGAAGCCCUACACCUGCGGCCAGUGCGGGAAGAGCUUCCAGUAUUCCCACAACCUCAGCCGCCACGCCGUCGUGCACACCAGGGAGAAGCCCCACGGGUGCAAGUGGUGCGAGAGACGGUUCACGCAGUCUGGGGAUCUGUACAGACACAUCCGCAAAUUUCAUUGUGGCCUUGUAAAGUCCUUGGUGGUUUAA